CAUCAUCACCACUACCACCGCCACCUCCACUUCCACCCGCCGCCGCCGAUUUCCCCAGGCUGGCAAUGCCUUUCGGCUCCUCAGACUGCCAGCAUGCCGAGACGAAAGUCAAUACAAGAUGACACCUCGGCGACAUCCGAGCCGCGGUCCUUGCGCAAGCGAUCCCCAGACGAUACAGCCGGGGACCUAGAAGCGACGCCCUCCAAGAGAAGACGCACCGUUGCGUCUGACGUCGUCAAUGGCGAAUCAGGCACCAUCAUGGCUCUCGAGGGCCCCGCUGCCACCAAUGGUGAAACAAACGGCGACGUUGUGGAAGCUCCAGAUGAAGCUCCCGCAGCUCCUCAAAUCACCGCCGCUCCGCGCAAACGAGGGCGACCGCCGAAAGCUGCAUCUCAGGCCGGAACGCCUACGUCGAAGACGGGCACGACGCCCGUGCUCACCACGCCCGUCAAGCGUGCGGACUCGACAGCGACGACGCCGAGGAGGCAGGCAGCCGACCGGUCGGCGCGCAAGAAGAGCGCUCGCGCCCUGAUCGAGAACGUGGUGCGAAAUGGCGACAGCGACGACGAGGAUGAGGAUGACGAGACUCUCGUCAGGGAGAUUUACGAGGAUAGUGAAGCGGACGAGGAUAACGAGGAUGACGCGCCAGAGGUAGACGUCCUGCAAGAAAACGGCGUACCCGUCGACGACGCCGCAACACCAUCUAAAACACCGCAACGGCGGCGGCGAAGAGCCAAGUCUCCAACACCGCCGCGGGAUCUCCCACCUCACGAGCUCUACUUUACGCACAACAAGCCCGGUCGGCCCAAGACGUCCGAUAACACCCUCAAGUCGCUUGCGCUGCUCUCCCACGAGGAGUACUUUGAUGUGCUGCGCCGGCACAAGGACCGCCACGCGAGCGACAUCGAGUACCUCGAGUCGCUGCACGCCGAGUCGUUUCCGCAGUGGGCGUUCGAGCUGGAGCAGGGCUUCAGCCUGUGUCUCUACGGGUUUGGCUCCAAGAGGAACCUCCUGCAGCGCUUCGCCCGACACCUACAUUCUCACGCGCGGGGGAGGCUGGAGACGCGCCGGACCGUCAUCGUCAACGGCUACGCCCACACGGCCACCAUGCGCGAGGUCCUCGCCGUCAUCGCCGACGCCGUCAGCCCCAAGCAGAAGCUCCCCGGCGCGCCGACCCCAGCCGGCAUCCUCGCGCACCUCUCCUCCGCGGCGGCAGAGGAGGAGAACCUCGUGCUCACCCUCGUCGUCAACUCCAUCGACGCCCCGCCCCUGCGCAAGCCCGGCGUGCAGACCGUCCUCGCGCAGCUCGCCUCCCACCCGCGCGUCCGCCUCGUCUGCUCCGCCGACACGGCCGACUUCCCGCUCCUGUGGGACAUUGGCGUGCGCUCGGCCUUUUCCUUUGCCUUUCACGACUGCACCACGUUUGCACCCCUCGGUGUCGAGCUCGACGUCGUCGACGAGGUCCACGAGCUGCUCGGCCGUACGGCCCGCCGCGUCAACGGCCGCGAGGGCGUCGCCUUUGUCCUGCGCAGUCUGCCCGACAACGCCAAGAACCUGUUCCGCCUGCUCGUCGGCGAGGUGCUCAUCGCCAUGGAGGACGACGGGGCGGGCGCGUCCGACGAGGCUGCCGGUGUUGAGUACAGGAUGGUGUAUAACAAGGCCGUCGAGGAGUUCAUCUGCAGCUCCGAGAUGGCCUUUCGUACGCUGCUGAAGGAGUUCCAUGACCACCAGAUGAUUACGAGUCGCAAGGACGCUCUCGGCACGGAGCUCCUGAGCGUGCCGUUUCAGAAGGACGAGCUGGAGGCCAUACUGGAGGAUCUCAUGUCAUGAGGGGGUUGGCGCGCAGAUGCACCUAGCGUUCAUGUAUAGCGAAUAGAGGUGAUGUAUGCAUAGCAAAGGAGCAUUUCUAGCAUAAAAAGUCGGUCCGAUCACGACUGAAUGGAAUACUGAGGAUGGGUCAGUGGCAUUGGCUGUCCUGUCCAGACACCUGCAUCGACUUAUAUUUUUGCUUGCUAUAUUAGGUUUUACCAUGUCUGACGGGAAAAGCCAGUAGUUUAUACGU